ACUAUAUAAACACUGGCACUGGCACUCACUAACCCACACCAGCACUCCAUAACCCACACCAGCACUCCAUAACCCACACCAGCACUCCUUCACACUCCCUUCAAAACCCCAGAGACGUCCAGAAAAGGAAGAGAACACAGAAAGACAGGGCAAGAUGUUGGUGGGACGUGUAUGUGGGUGGCUCAAAGGCUGUGGAGUGAGGUUUAGCAGCAGAGGGAUUAAUACAGCCAGUAAAAGCACCACUGUGGGCAUCGUGGGUUGUGGGAAUGUGGGUUCAGCCGUGGCACACAAUCUAACGCGGCAGGGGUUCAGGGUGGUGGCGGCCCAUGAUGUCGACCCAGCACGCCUCGCCUCCCUCCCCCCCAACGUGGCCACUGUCCCCACCCCACGCCACGUCGCCGCUGCAGCCGAUGUUGUGGUUUCAGGUCUGCCGCGCCCUCCUAACGUGAAGGCCGCGGCGGAGGGUCCUGAUGGCAUACUAGCGGGCCUGACGAAGGAUAAAGUUUGGAUCGACCAUUCCACUACUGACUGUGACCAAACUAAGGAGUUUAGCUUAGCGGCGGCACAGCAGGGCGCCCACGUGUUGGAGGCGCCCAUCACGGGGGGGCUGGAGGCGCUGAGGAGGGGCAUGGUGGUACACGUGGGCGGUCAAAAGGAGGUGGCAGCGGCAAUGUCUCCUAUACUAGAGGCAUCGUACUGUGAGGUGUUCUACGUGGGGGAGAUUGGUACGGCUAUGAUGGUGAAGGUGGUGUCCAACAUGCUAGCCUGUGUCCACGUGAUCGCCAUGGGGGAGGUGCUUAUGCUAGCCAAGCGCUCCAAUCUGGACCUGCGCACCUUCUGGGAAGCGAUAAGAGUGAGCGCCGGGAACAGCUUCGUGUGGGAGACAGCUGGGCCCCUGGUGUUCAAGGGUUCCUAUGACCCAGGGUUCACUAUGGCUCUGCAAAACAAGGAUCUGCAACUAGGAUACGAUAUGGCUAGGAAAUAUGAGGUACCAAUGGACAUGCACCAAAUGGCCCUAGCAGUGUACCGGAGGACGCAGUACCAGCUGGGGGACGAGGCUGGCUGCUACUCCCCGCCCAAGACCUACGAGUUGGCCCUGAAGGAGUCGCUGAAGGUGCAGGAGUUUGACGGGUGGGACUAUAACACUGAGAUAUACAAAGGGUCGCUGGUUGUCUCCCAUGAUGGACUGCAGAAGAGGGAAGAGUGAGUCUGUGGUUUGAGUAAUGGCGGGGGCACUCUUAUUAAACCCUUCAGUACUGGGGCACAUUUAUACCUUGAGAUUUGUGUACGAUUAGACCGUUCUUCUUUACAUUGGGAAGGGUGAAUGGAGGUUAGAAGAUUAAUGGGAAAUUGCCGCUUUCUUUUCAAUACUAGAGGAAAAUUAAUGAAGAACUGAUGGUUUAACUUAUGCAAACCACAUUAUAGUUUCCUAAAUAUGUCAUGUAGACUUGUUAUCAACGGUGUUAGUCCGAAAUCGGGAGAAAUUACAGCAAAAAGAUUACUUUUUCUCGUUUAAUGCAUGACAAGAAACAAAUAGUGAAGGAAAAUUUCAGUGACUGAUGCUUUUCCAACGCGCAGUGACAUGAAAUCACACAGCAUUCUAAAUAAAAGC